AUGGAUGCAGUAGAUAAUGAUCAUAAUAUUCACCAACAUACAAAUCUACCUGCAACUUUAAUUUUGCAAAAAGAUACUCAUAUCAUGUAUCUUGAUAAUAACUUAUUUGAGCAUGGUCUUUAUAAUAGAUCUAUUGGAAUUGUCAUCAAAUUAAUCAAUAAAGACGCUGUCAAUGUCAUAUUUUCUACACCACUAAGAAUGAUUACUGCAACU